AUGAACUCCCCCCCACGAAUUACGGUGGGCUUGAAAGCUGCCGCAGAGAGAUGCAGCAACUCGGCCGCCGUCAUCACAGCACCAACAUUGAGCAUGAGAAGCGCAAAGCCAAUGCCUAUGCGCCGGCUGCAUAUCCAGAGUCAACAACAUAUCAACAAGGGGCAUGUACCAUCAUGUACAAUUCUACCACACCCACGAAGAGCACCAAUAUCACGUAUGAACCUCACAUCUCCAUCCUUUGUCUCUUCUAACAGUUCCUCAGAACCCCUCACUCAUAAACCACCUCAUAAUCGAACCCUCAGCACAACCCCCCAUCCCCUCCGACAAUUCACCACCUCCCUCCCAACCCCCCCCUCAAUCCACCCUCACUCCUCCUCCUCCACCUCCCUCCCCCUGCCAGAACAGUUCCGCUCCCUAAUGCGCCUAAUAACCCACUCCGUCGUCGUCUGCACCUCCUCCUCCUCCGGUUCAAUCCCCCGAGCAAUGACAAUGUCCUCCUUCACCUCCCUCUCCCUCCUCCCCACCCCCAUCAUCUCCUUCAACAUCGCCACCCCCUCCCGCACCUUUGACGCCCUCUCCUCCUCCCGCCUAUUCAACAUCCACAUCCUCACCGACGACCCCUCCGGCGCGAGAAUAGCCGACUGGCUUGCCAGAGGAAACGCAGCCGGGCUGGAGGUGUUUGAGCAGCUCCAAUCCGAAUGUGGUUGCUCCUACGAGACAGAGACAAAAGGGGAGGCGCCAAUACUAAAAGGGCCGGGCGUGUUAUAUGUCUUACGCUGUGAGCUGUUGCAGGAGCCAAUGGGGGGGUUGGUGAAGGUGAGGGAUCAUUAUAUUGUUUUGGGGGAGGUGAAGGAGAUUCUGGAGGUGAAUGGGGGUGGGAAGGAGGACAAGUUUGGGUUGAUGUAUGCGGAUAGAAAGUAUAGGGAGUUAGGGGGGUGUAUUAUUCCUGGGGAGGGGGUGGAAGAAGGGAAGGAUGGUGAGGAAUAG